AUUUUUACUCAACAUUUCACUUCCGGCAAUAUUUCAAAAUAAACAAACGUCUAAACAGGCGUAAGUGACAGUGCAUUUGACUAGUAUUCUAAAGGAAAUAAUCUAAGAGGAAGCAUAAUGUCUGUUCAAACCUGGAUACCGCCACUGCCACCUGGUUAUGAAGCUCGUUGGGAUCAUAAUCAAAAAGCAUACUUUUUUAUCAACCAUUCUGAUAAAUCUACUACCUGGCAUGAUCCACGUCCAGAAUAUUAUGCCAACCAACCAAAGGAUCAUCCUCCACCAAAUCCAAAACAUUCUGCUGCAGGUCAACCAGUAUUUGGUUUUCGAGGUUCUGGUAUUGGUCCUAAGAAGGAGCAGACAUUCCUUGAUCAUCAGGAUGUCAAAUUUAACAUGCUUAAAGAAACUUUUCCUGAAAUUGCUGACGACACUCUCAGAGUUGUUCUUAAGAUGAAAAAUAACAAUGUUCAGGAAGCAAGAGCACAUUUGGUUAAAAGUGGACAUAAGGCCAAAAGAGAAACUGACCAUUCAUCUGCUGGACAACUACAGAUGGAUAAUAUUGUAAAGAAGUUACAAAAAGUUUACCCACUUGCCCGUUUUGACAUCAUAAGGGAUAUAGUUGCUGGGUGUAACAAUAAUGAAUCAACAGCCAGGACCCAGAUUGAGAGUAUGGGAUAUAAACCUAUAGGUUCCCAUACAACAUCUACUUCAGUAUCCCAUAAAUCUAAACCUAAGUCUCGAUCACCAUCACCAACACCACCUAAAAUAUCAGACGCAGAAAAAAGACGAGCUUUUGAGAAGAUGAAGGCAGAAUUUCAUGAUAUGGAGGAGAGUUUUAUUAAAAUGGCAUUAGAGUCAGUACAUUAUAAUGAAGCUAAUUUCAAGAGAAUGGUGGAAGUUUAUAAACAAUCAGGUUCUGGAGCAAAGAGUUCAUCAGCAGCUAAAAGAGGCAGAGCUACUGUGAAUGAUGAUUUAUCUUUUAAACCAACAGGAUCUCUGGUACCUGAAUCUUUUUCAGGAGGCAUGGAACCAGUUGUUUUUGGACAUGACUAUGAUGACAGACCAAGCUCAUCAACUUCUUCUACUAUUCCCUUUGGUACACCUAAGAAAUCAGCUACCAAGGUAACCAAGACAACAACAACAAUACCUUUUGGGGUAAUAAAGACAGGUACAAAAAUAUCUCCUGGAGUAACCAAGACAACAGCUAAAAAACCAGCACAACCAAAGAAAGAAACCAUAGAUCACCAUGCAGCAAGAAUCCAAGCUGAUAAAAAACCACAUGGAACUCAACAAACUAGAGCUAAACAUGUUACUCACACUGGUCCAACCCAUGUUGUAGUAAAUCAGCCCAGAUCAAACUUGGCUAAAGGUCCAGACCCAGAGUUGAGGAAAGGUCCAGACAAGGAACUGCUAUUGACAGAGUAUGUGAAUAUAUAUGGCCCUAAUCCAGACCUACGAGAAGGGCCAGAUAGAAGUCGUGUACAGGGGUCACAAGGAGCUGUUGGACCGGACCCAUCACUAGUGUGUGGACCUCAAGCUGUGCAUCACAGCUUUAAUGAUAAUCGUCCUUUAGUAACUGCAAUUUAAUUUUACAAAUUAAUCUCUGUGUGUUGUGUUUAAACAUAGCAAUCUUUUCAGGUCUUACUAACAUUCAAACAUUCACACAUUAGUCAAGUAUUAAUGAGACUGUCAAACUAUUAUACAGUAUUAGAAAUUAGUAAUAAAGAGGAGAUUGUUAAACCCUUUCUAUUAAAUAUGUCGACAAUAAAGACAACAACACUCAAGUUUUUACCGCAAAGUAUCUGUUUAUUUGGUUGACAUGUUUCGCCAACAAGUGUGGCGUCUUCAGGACAAAAUUACAUAUGAAAUCAAACUGUGAAGUACAAAUUUUGCUGUUGUGUGGUUCGCCAAAAGUAAAGUAACAAUAGAGGUUGUUAUGACAGCGUUAUAGAUAUAAAUAGAAAGUGAAAGUAAAAUAAAAAUCUAGUAAAGUUAAAAGUGAAAGUUAGUCAAUAAAGUUAUUAACGAUGUGGUUAGCUGCUAUUCUUACACGUCUGUGUAGUUGUUCUCAUGGAGGUUUCUAGUGGUAAUAUUGUAGAAAUGAUGAAAGUUGAUCAUAAAAUGUCAGUUCAUUUCCAAAUUGGACAACACCCCACUGGCCAUCCCGUACCAAUUCAACUGGCUAUGGGAUGGCCAGUGGGGUGUUGUCCAACUUUCUGUGUACAAUUUAGUACUGGUAUAUUAAAACAUCUGAAAAUUUUCUUUUAAAUUCAUUGAUCUUUAUCUAGUACAGGUCAUUUUGCUCUAACAAUACAAAUAUCACAUACAAUAAAAUAUAUCUGCAUUUUUUGUACAGCUUGUUAUUUAUAAAAAUAUGUCAUGCAACUUCGUAAAAGAAGUGAUUUUUAUUGUUGUUCCUUUUUUUAUUAAUUAUUUAUAUUAUAUUUGCUUGUAAUUUUAACUUCUAUUGAAACCUUUUUUUUAUAUCUGAAGAUGUAACGAAAUAACUUUUACACUAUUUCUAAAAUUCUUGAUAUUGAUCUGGAUGUUUUAACAUCGCUUUCAGCACUCUUUGCAAUAUUAUGAUGGCCAGAUUUUAUUGGCGGAGGAAAUUGUAGUGCUCAGUGAGAACCAAUGACCUUCAGCAUGAAAAAUCUGGACAUGGAUUUCUAUGCACAUGACACAUAUAUCUGAAGUAACUUUAAAUAAGUUAUUUAGAUCCUUGAAACAAUGAGUUAUAGAUGAAUGAGAUUCCCAGAGCAGUGUUCUGCAAACAUGAAAUAUCAAAACUUAAAUAAGUGAAUCCCCUUUCAAUUUUGAAACCCAAAAGAUUUACUACCAUAUUUUGAAUAUUUGGUUCUCUCUGGGCCAUUUUCCUCCCUCAAUAAAAUCUGACCACCACAAUAUAGUCAAGAGUGUUGAAGGGGGUGUUAAAACAUCCCAAUCAACCAAUCAAUAAAGGUAUUUAGUUACAUCUUCAGAUUUCAAUUUGGAAAUCCAAAAGAUUUUUUACCAUAUUUUAAAUAUCAUAAGAAAAAGAAAAUUUUAAAAUUGUGAUUGUCAAUAAAUAUCUGGUUUAAAAAUACUGUAAACAUUUUUGUAUUCACGUUUUUUAUUUUUAAUUUGUUAUGUACAGAUAUUAAAAUAGGAAAGAGUUGUUAAUUUAACUUUGUUGUAAAAGUAGUAUUGUCAGAGUAUACUUGUUUGUAAAUAAAAUAUUUUACUCUAUAUUGAAUGUAGUCCAUCCAGAUUCUAUUAAUAGUGUGCAAUAAACUACUUAAACACUUCA